AUGACGCGCAAGGCCGCAAGUCUCCUAAAGUACCCGGUCACCCCAUUGAAUCCGCAGGCUCCCGGUCUCCAAGGAUCGAGGACCACCCCUUACUUCAUACGCCCCCAGCAAGCUGCCUCCCCAGAAGAGCGAGCGCAUCGCGUGGGCGGUGCAGACGGCAACACAUGUGCAAGCUGCACCCUUUCCCUCCCUGAAGGUGUCAGCAAGCAGCUCCCGACGGGAGCACCCGGCAGUCGGGAUGCUCAGGGCACCAGCAAUAGCAGUCCUGUUCUUCGCUCGCGUGAAGUUGUUUAUUCAUGCGGUAACUCUCACACCGACGCUGACGAGGAUAACUUCGAUUCGCAUACCCAUGCCUCUCCGCCGGACUCGUUGCGCUCCGCCUCGGUUAUGUCCGACUCUUCCUCCUCCUGCCACACUCACAUUCUGACUUACCUGUCUCUUCGCGGGCCCCCGAACCCGACCGAUUAUUCUCUUCUACGCCGAUCGUCAAUCCGUACCUUGAGCUGUGAGCUUCUACCCCGCGGUCUAUCAUCAGGUCCACUUUGUUUUGGCGACGCGUUGGCAGGCUACACAAUCGCAUACAUCUUUCGCUUGCCGGAUCCCAUGGCGCGUGGUAAGCGGCGCAGCUACGCAUUGAUUGCGCUUGCUGGAAAGGAUGCUGGCCGGGCUUUCCGUGCUUGUCCACUCAUUUGGCGCGCAUUUGGACGCAUUGCAUCCGGAAUUGUGAGUGCGGCCGAGCGAUACCAGGAAGAAGAGAAAAAGCGCGAGGAACAGACCAGUGCGGUCGCCCCAACUGGUGAUCGACAGUACACAGCGGUGUCGUCUUUCUUGACCGGCCGGGCCAGAGACCUAAGCGGCAGAGUGCCCCGAGUCGGUCAGAUUCGUGCGAGGAACUUGGCGGAAAUUGUUGGGAAUGAAUACAUUUUCGCUGAACUUCAUGCCAACUUCGUCGCACUACUCCAACAAUUGGGAAAUAUGUUUGGCGGCAUGCCCAUCUCUGAGGAACGCUUUGUGUGCAGCACACUUAGUGACGAAGCAAACAGUGCCUCCCAUUCACCAAAUCCACUCUCCCACGACCCCGAGCGCUUCAAACAAGGCCAAUUCGUCAAACCUGACGGUGACGAUCUUGACAAGUCCAAAAUCGAUAUCACCCCGGGCCCGCAGCCCAUUCCUAUUUCCCAAGCUCGAACAUCUGUCCUGGCAUAA